AUGUCGCAACGAGCAGUCCUUCUGAUUGGAAAUAUUGACCACUGCAAAAAGGAGUGGAAGGCAUUGGCUUCUUUGGCUUCUCUGCGUGUACAGCUGCAACUCGCUGAGCAACCCAAAAAGAAACAACAUUGCAUCGAUAUUCCCAUCUUCAUGCAAAUUGUUACCGGUUCUUUCGAUGCCCAGCUUCUCAAUGCGCUCCCGAGAUCACUUAGGUUCAUCUGCCACAACGGGGCGGGAUAUGACAAUAUCGAUAUCGCAACAUGCACCAAGAAAGGGGAGUGGCGAGGAAAAACAAGCUUGGGGCAUGACCCCCAAGAGAAGGUACUUGGGAUCCUUGGCAUGGGAGGUAUUGGAACUGUCGCAUCGGUUGGUCUAGACGUGUAUGAGCACGAGCCCAAAAUCGAGAAGGAUUUGCGUGAUCAUCCGAGGGCCUUUUUGCUUCCCCACAUAGGGACUUUCACACACGAGGCGCAAAAGAAAAUGGAAUUGCUUGUCCUCCGUAAUCUAAAGUCAUUACACAUUGUUCGCGAGCGAAUUCCCGCUGCGCCGCCAACUCUUGAAGAAACCACCUCUGACAGUUUAUGGGUUGACGACAAACUUCUUCAUCUCAACCAACCCCGACAACGAGGACCAUCUUUCACCACGACAACUCUAUCAAGAUGCUAUGACGUCUCAAUUUCCCGUCGACCCGUCCGCUACGCAGCCCAAUCGAUCCCCAGCGCGAAGAGCGCACGCUCCCGCGGCUCCUAUCUUCGUGUCAGCUUCAAGAACACCCGCGAGACUGCACAGGCGAUCAACGGAUGGAAACUGCAGCGCGCUGUUGCUUAUCUGGAGAAUGUGAUAGCUCAUAAGGAGGCUGUGCCCAUGCGAAGAUAUGCCGGCAGCACUGGACGUUGUGCGCAGGGAAAGCAAUUCGGUGUCUCCAAGGCGCGUUGGCCCGUCAAGUCUGCUGAAUUCCUCCUCUCCCUCCUCAAGAACGCCGAGGCCAAUGCCGAUACCAAGGGACUUGACACCGGCAACCUCGUCGUUCAGCACAUCCAGGUCAACCAAGCUCCCAAGCAGCGACGACGCACUUACCGCGCGCACGGUCGUAUUAACCCUUACAUGUCAAGCCCAUGCCACAUCGAGCUCAUCCUCACUGAAGGUAAUGAAGAAGUGCAGAAGGCACCUACCGACCUCAGCAAGACUAGACUUUCGUCGAGACAACGGGGCGCUCAGAUUCGACGUGCCAUUACUGCAGCAUAGGGGAAAUAAAUCAAAACAAGCAAACAAAGGGAAUUAAAAAGCGGCGCAUUGAGGAAUUUGUAGCUACUUCUUUUUGUUUGUUUCUUUUAAAUGUCGAUAAAGACGUAAAAGACAACAAACCUUAUUAUGCUGUUUUAUUUAAUGGUAGCGAGUUCUUUUUUUCCCUCUCUCAUUUCGUCUUAUUCGUCCCUGUGUCAUUGACAUAGCCCCCCCACUGUCCUCUAUGCUCUCCUUGGAUUUUUUUCCUCGUGUCCCUUUCCUCUCCUAAUCUUUCUUCAUGGUUGAUGACCCAGGAUUAAAAGGAAUUUCCUCGUUUUACA